AUGGAUCUCGAGGUGAAAAUCAAGAAAAAGGAGCAACUGGAAGCCCGACUAACCGAAGAUGAGAAAAAGGCUUUUGAAUUGAAUACCAAAGUUAAUAGCCUUCAAAAGAUAAUUGACAACCACAAGUCCAAGUUACAGAAAACUGAACAAGCUCUUCAAAUUACUGAGGUUCAUGGUGCUGCUUGGUUUCCUCCGUGCCUUGCUGCUUAUUUAAUUCGUUAUCAGAAAUGGGCCCCAAUUGUCAAGGAAAAGUGGACAUUUAUUGCCAAUAAUGUUCAACCGCGCGUGCAAACACUUACAACAAAAUCCAUCGAGAUAUAUAAAUCGUCUAAGAAUGCAUUGUCUCCACAUAUCAUUCCAGUUUUAAAACCUAUUGAUCCAUAUUUUCAGGUGGGUUACAUAUUACUAUAUCCAGACGACGAUAGCAUGGGAAAAUCACGGCCGUUGAUCGUCUGGUGGCUUGGUGCGGUGGCGCAGCUUCUUAUUCAGCUUACACACUCUCAGAAUUUCGAAGGUUAUUGGGAUGUCGUGUGGAACAUACCAGGGGUUGCUGGUACUAUGUACAGAAUGCCAGGAACAAGUUUUAAAGUCAUAGCUCAAACCAAGGAUCAAACUGAGCUCUCAUUCAGCAGUAUGUGGACUGGUGGUGCCUCAACACCUCCCUUAAACAUCGAUAAAAGGUUUGUAAUGCUGAGAGAGUCCCCCGGAUUUUACACGUAUGCUGUGGUCGAACGUUUAAAAGAGUGGCCGGCUUUCGACAUCCAAGAAGGCAGAUUCGUGUUGAAGCUUAAGGAUAACAAGUUUCACUACAUGGCUAUGUCUGACGAGAGGCAGAGGUUUAUGCCGACGCCUAAGGAUCGGGAGACAGGGCAAACACUUGACUACAAAGAAGCCGUUCUCCUAACCAAUCCAUCUAAUGUCGAGUUCAAAGGAGAGGUUGAUGACAAGUACUUGUACUCGUGCGACAACAAAGACAACAAGGUCCAUGGUUGGGUAAGCAACGAUUACGAACCGGUGGGCCUUUGGAUGAUCACGCCAAGCAAUGAGUUCAAGACAGGCGGCCCGUUUAAACAAGAUCUUACUUCUCAUGUCGGCCCAGUUGUACUUUCCAUGUUUAUUAGCACACAUUAUGCUGGGGAAGAUAUAGCUCUCAAGUUUGAGACCGGGGAAUACUGGAAAAAGGUUCUUGGUCCGGUUUAUGUCUAUUUAAACUCGAAUUUCUUGGCUAGAACCAAUCCUAGUGUUCUUUGGAAUGACGCGAAACAAAGGAUGGUGAAGGAGAAAGCAAGUUGGCCAUAUAAUUUCCCAGGUUCAGGGGAUUUUAUCAAAGCCAACCAAAGGGGAGCAGUAAGCGGCCAAUUACUUGUUCAUGAUUGGUACAAGAGCAAGAAUGCUGUGCCUGCAGCCUCAGCAUAUGUGGGACUGGCACCACCUGGACCCGCCGGGUCAUGGCAAUUAGAAAACAAGGGCUACCAAUUUUGGACACAAACCGACAACUCUGGGAAUUUCUUGAUCAAGAAUGUGAUACCAGGAACCUACAGCCUGUUUGCUUAUGUCCCAGGAUACAUUGGGGACUACAAACAUAGUUCAGACAUCUUGGUCGCCUCUGGAUCCAAUGUUGUUGCUACAAGUGUCGUUUUCGAAGCUCCACGAAAAGGCCCCACUUUAUGGGAGAUCGGUAUUCCUGACCGGACGGCUGCUGAGUUUUUUAUACCCAACCCCAGCUCACGAAUCUUUGCCCACCAUUACUCCAAACCCGUUGCCAAGUUCAGACAAUAUGGAUUGUGGGCACGGUACAAUGACUUGUAUCCCGUGGGCGACUUGGUGUACACCGUGGGAAAAAGUGAUUAUCAUAAAGAAUGGUUUUUCGAGCAUGUCAAUAGGAAAUUAGUGGAUAAACAGUUUGCAGCGACGACGUGGCAAAUAGAGUUCGACCUGAAAUAUGUGAUCGGCGCAGGAAUUUACACGAUUCAGUUGGCUCUUGCAUCUGCCACUGAAGCUGAAGUGCAAGUACUUGUUAACGACCCGAAUUCGGCCCCACAAUUCACGACUGGGUUGAUAGGCAGGGACAACGCGAUAGCAAGGCACGGUAUUCAUGGGUUGUACCGUUUAUACAGCAUCGGCAUUUCAGGUGACCGGCUGGUGGCCGGGAAGAAUACCAUCUUUUUGAAGCAGGCAAGAAGCCAAGGGCCUUUCAGGGGAGUCAUGUAUGAUUAUAUACGUUUUGAAGGACCUGCCUGA